GCACCGGGCAGGAAGGGGUGGAGCGGCCGGCGGAGCGCACGGGCGGGGUGCCGCGGGCGGGGAGGGGACGGCAAGGCAUCCCGGCCGCGCCGAAGCCGGGCGGACGGGACGGGACGGGACGGGCAGCGCCGCGCCUCCGCGGAGCGCUGCCCAUGGAGCGGCUGCCCGACCGGCGCUGAGCCCGCGGCCCCGGCCGCCCGCCCGCAGCCGCCCCCGAUGGAGCCCGAGGAGCGGAAGAUCUCGGUGUGGAUCUGCCAGGAGGAGAAGCUGAUCUCCGGGCUCUCCCGGCGGACCACCUGCUCGGACGUGGUGCGGGUGCUGCUGGAGGACAGCCACCACCGGCGGCAGCGCCCGGCGCCGCCCGAGCCCGCCGGCGGGAUGCUGUCGGGGCCGCCGCACUCCUACUGCAUCGUGGAGAAGUGGCGCGGCUUCGAGAGGAUCCUGCCCAACAAGACGAAGAUCCUGCGGCUCUGGGUGGCGUGGGGGGACGAGCAGGAGAACGUGCGCUUCGUGCUGGUGCGCAGCGAGGCUUCGCUGCCCAACGCCGGGCCGCGCAGCGCCGAGGCGCGGGUGGUGCUGAGCAGGGAGCGCCCCGGCCGCGGCCUGGGGGCGGCCCGAGCCAGCCUGGCGCUCACGCAGGAGCGGCAGCGGCGGGUGGUGCGGAAAGCCUUCCGCAAACUGGCCAAGAUCAACAAGAAGCGGCAGCAGCCGCUGGCCCGGGAGGCCUCGUCGGCGGAGAGGAUGGAGACGCUGGUGCACCUGGUGCUCUCGCAGGACCACACCAUCCGACAGCAGAUCCAGCGGCUCCGCGAGCUGGACCGCGAGAUCGACAGGUACGAGGCCAAGAUCCACCUGGACCGCAUGAAGCGGCACGGCGUCAACUACGUGCAGGACACCUACCUGGUGGGCACGGGCGGCGGCGAGCCCGAGCCGGGCCGGGAGCCGGGCCAGCCCGCCGCCGGCCGCCCCGAGGAGGACUACGCCAGGAAGUGCGAGGAGGUGCUGCAGCUGCAGGAGCAGCGGGCGCAGCAGGAGGAGCUGCUGGAGCACCUGGCCGCCGAGAUCCAGGAGGAGCUCAACGAGCGCUGGAUGAAGCGGCGGCGGGAGGAGCUGGAGCUGGCAGCGGGGGCCGGGCUGGCCGACACGGACUGCGACACCACGGAGCUGAGCGGCGGCGAGGGCGAGCUGCACCUGGAGCACGAGCGGGUCAAGACCCAGCUGAGCACCAGCCUCUACAUCGGCCUCAAGCUGAGCACGGACCUGGAGGCCGUCAAGACCGACCUGGACUGCACGCAGCGGGCGUGGGAGGACAAGGAGCGGGAGCUGCAGCGCCUGCUGGAGACGCUGGGCACCCUGGACGUGGCGGAGGCGCCGGCGGAGCCGCGCGGGGCGGCGGGCGGGGGGCGGCCGGCGGCGGGCGGGGGCGGCUGGCUGGAGCAGGCGCUGCGCAAGGACCGCGCCGACAACGACGAGGACUCGGACACGGGGCUGAGCUCCAUGCACAGCCAGGACUCGGACUCGCUGCCCGUCUGCGAGUCCCUGGUGUAGCGCCCGGCCGCCCCAGCAGGCAGCCCGGGCGCAGGGCGGGCGGAGCGCGGUGCCGGGGCAGAGGGCGGCGGAGGACUGCGGGCAAGUGUGGGGCAGGCGAGGAACCUCCCGGCGCAGGAGGCAGUCACACAGAGGAAACAUUUUAAUUUGAGCUCUGGAGUUUGAACUUGUUCUGACUAGUCGUCCGCGGGCAGCCUUUAGGCUGGCUCGCCGGUACUUUUAUCUAAGGAAGAGAAAACCCGCAGCGUGUUUGUGUUUCAUUCACUGCUGGGAUUGCUCGCUCCUUAAAUCCUGCCGCUUGCUUCCCUCCGAAGCUUCUCUUGCCGGGCCUUUUAAGCCUCCGGCUGCCCACGAUCUCCCAGGGAGUUAGUCCGGGGCUGCUCCGGGUAAGCUCUUCCCGAGCCAAGGGCCAGGACGCGCUCCCGAGCGGGGGUCAGCAUCUCCCGAACGGGUUCCCGGCGUUGCAGAGUCAGACGGUGGCUUGCCGUGGGCUGUACCGGGCCCUACUGGCCGUCACAAAUACACCCCGCUCCUUUACAGGCAAAAAGUCGCCACACCAAAGCUGCUGAUCAUUUAAACACUGCGGAGGGAAGGAGGCGUCGGUCCCGCUGACACUGGGAUCUCCCAGGGCGCCAGCUUUUGGACGGUACUGCAGUUCCUUUUGGCAACGAAAAGGGGUGAUAAAUCACUCCCUUUUUUUUCUUUUUCUAAACAACAAACUAAAUCAAGAUAUAGGUUAAGAUGUAUUAACUCUGCUCUGCGUAGUGCUUUUCCUUAUGCAUAGAUAAGAGUGCUUUGUUUAAAGGCAUACUAAGAAAUCUGUUAGUAUCUGUAGUCGUUUGACAGUCACGGAAGGCAAUUAGCAGUGCCUGUAUGUACGCAGCCUUCAACUACAUUUUUUCACUAGGCUAGCUGAUCUUUGGCUGAGCUUGGUUGUAGAUAAACAAAGUACAGAAUCAGGUUGAGCUACCGUUUUUAAUAACAUAGUUCAUAUCAGGCCAAGAGAUGCAAGGAUAAAAGCAUGACUCAAGCCCUACCUGCACUACAGCUUAAUCUUUUCAGUUAUUCCAAUAAAACAAAAAAGCAGCCAUCAGCUGUAACAUGCAUUUCACUUAACUGCCAAAUCUUCCUCUGCAGCUUAACUCUUGCCCAAAAUAUAUGGUCUGCUCUUGCAAUAAGAGACAUCCAGGAUUCUUGUAUUCCGGAAUAAUUGCAGAAAUACUUUGAGCAGUGAGAGACCAGAGAAUGUUGAGUCAGGUCCCACUGAUGGUGUGAACUUUUAAAAAGCUUCUGAGAUUAUUAUUUAUGUAAGAUUAUUUAUAAAAGUUUUCAUUUAACAAUAAGAAAUGGUAUAAAAAAGGGGUACACCAAUAGACCAGUUCUUUAUUUUCAUUGAAAACCUCGCAGCCUUCUCACCCAAAGACCGCAUUCCACGCUUGCGGUGCUCUUGUUGGUAAGAAUUCUGAUGGACAUCAGAAAAUUAAGGUUCAGGAGCUGCUCAGAUUGAAAGCAAGCAGAGAAAUACUGUCUGUGGAUUUGCAGAGGCUGUACAAUUUUCUAUAUGCUAUGACUCUUGAUAAAUGUUAUUCCACUGAAUGGGUCUCAGUUAUAACAAACUGUGGUUUAUUUUAAACACUGACUAUAUAAUUGUUUUUCAUAUUUAGUCAACCUUGGAGGAUAUUUAAGAACCUAUUUUUAGAGCUAAUAAAACUCUUAA